CGUUUUCUCUUGACAGUUGUGGAAAUAGGACCGGGUAACAGGCAACAGUGUUUAAUUGUUUUGAUAAAUUGACAUUUUGAUGAACGUGGGAUGGAUGAACUACUUACGAAGAAAUAGAGCCCAAAAACAAAAAUUUCAAAUAUUUUUGAUGUUUCAAUUAAAAUGAGAAAUACUAAAAUUUUUGACAAUGGAGAAAAAUUAUAUUGAUUUCAAGUCCUGUACAAAACAAGAAGAUAAUGAAAUGGAUAACGCACACGAAACAGGCGAAGAAGGUGUUAAACCUGAACUAAUAUACCUUAACCAAAAAGGAGAAGUGAUUGAAGAGAAAACAUAUGACUAUAAAGAUUUGUCACCUUUAGAACCUUUAGUGGAAUAUGUGUAUGAGGACUGUAGUAAAAGCCCGCAGGUGAAACUCGGGGAUAGCUUUCAAGAAUGUUCUGCUCAAGAUUAUGUCGAAACAGAGGUUUCUCCGGAAGGACUGGUACUACAAACUAUUGCCCAGGUAGAUGGGACAGAAAUCGAGAGCAUUGAACACUCUGAACCACCUUUAAAUUCUGAAGUAAAUGCUUUUAGAAUUGAACCAAUGAUGCCAUUUUUUCUUACCUCACCAAUUGUAACUAUAAUGAAUGAAAAUAAUGAAAUUGGGGAAACUAUCAUUCUACAGAUCGAAGGUGAAAAAUUAGAGGAACAAGAGGACAGUCAAGAUGAAAGUUCCAUUCAUAACGAAAAUUCUGUUGCUUCAUUACAGUUAAAUCUCUGUUGUAGUCAAGACAAUUUAGUUAUAAAUACAUAUACUUGUGAAGCCUGUCAGAUGCAGUAUGGUUGUCUCAAUUGUUUAAAAUCUCAUUAUGAAACAAUGCACAUUGCAAGAAGUUAUGUUGCACAGUACAAAUGUAAAUACUCUAUGCAAAUUAGCAAGUACUUGUAUUGCCCUGUUUGUGAAUUGGUAUUUGACAAUAGAAGUGAUACUAUGGAUCAUUAUAUAACGCAUGCAGUAGCUUGCGACAUUUGUGGCUCUGGAUUUGAUAGACGACAGUACCUGACAGAACAUCUCAAAUCUGCUCAUAAUAAGGGUGAUUUCAAUGCUUUCUAUGAAUGUGAAUUAUGCAAGCAAGUGUUCCAGUAUGGGGGCAGUCUGAGCAAACAUUAUCAGGUUUUCCAUAAGAUGGUACUGUGCGUAAUAUGCAAAAUGAAGUUUGAAAAUUCAAAAGACCUCCAAGACCAUGAAAAAGAGCAUUCAGAAAAAUUUAAUAUCUUACCAUUUGCAUGUAGCAAAUGUGAUAAGGCUUUUUCUGAUAUCUCAGACAUAGCUGUUCAUAUAAGACAAGACCAUAGCCAUAAAAGGGAAGUGGUGGAAAAUUUUGGUUCCAUCCAUAAAAAAGUCAUAGAUGAUCAGCAGAGACCAAAUAAGAGAGUGAAAGUGAAAAGACUGAAAUCGGAAUUUUUGUAAUUAUCAAUUUCGUUAUGUAUAAUAAUUAUUUAAGUAUGUUUAAUUAGUCAUCUUGGUACAAUAGCGGGAAAUAUUUUUUUCAUUAAAUUUUGAUCAAUC